GCUGCUGGCUGACGGUCACCUGGAUCAGGUUCAGAGCAGAAACACACAGCAGGGAGAGGAAGAAGUGUUUUCACUGAUCAUUGACCUUCCUCUGAUGCUGUCCCUGCCUCACUCAGACUGACUGAAGAUGAGUGAUGUGGAGGAAAAGAAGGACGGCUGUCUGUCCAUGAAGGGGGACGGGUCCACAGAAAGGCCUCCAGACUGCAGUGAUGAACCCUCAGACACAAAGCAGAGAGCAGAGUCUCCAGCAUCCAGCUGUCUGUCUAUGAAGAGUGACUGGUCCAAAGAGAGGCCUCCAAACUUCAGUAAAGAACGUGAACCCUCAGACACAAAAGAGAGGAAGAGGAGUCCUGUUCCUGUGGAGGAGCAGCCGUCCUGCUGUGCUUUGUGUCAGGACGUCCUGAAGGAUCCAGUCUCUACCAGCUGUGGACACUGGUUCUGCAGACGGUGCGUCACCUCAUACUGGGACCAGUCUGCUUCAUCAGGACACUCCUCCUGUCCCCAGUGUGGAGACAGAUCCAGAACCAGAGCUGGACUGCAGACAGCCAGUCAGAGCAGCUCUGUACAAAUGAGAGGUGGUCUGCAGGAGGUUUUAGAUGAACAUAAGAUCAGUCUGAGGAGGAGAUGUGAACGUGUGACUGAAGGAAGUGAUGAAACAGGAAGUGGAACCCUCCUCAACAGGAUCUACACUGAGCUCUACAUCACAGAGGGACAGAGUGAAGAGGUUAAUACCCAGCAUGAGGUGAGGCAGCUUGAGACAGCUUCCAAGAAGAAGACCCUCCAUGACACUCCAAUCAGGUGCCAGGACAUCUUUAAAGCCUUACCUGGCCAACAGAGAGCCAUCAGAGUGGUUCUGACCAACGGCGUCGCUGGCGUUGGAAAAACCUUCUCAGUGCAGAAGUUCACUCUGGACUGGGCAGAGGGCUCGGAAAACCAAGAUGUCGGUCUGCUGGUUCUGCUCUCGUUCAGGGAGCUGAACUUGAUCAAAGAUGAGCGGCACAGUCUCCUCACGCUGCUCCAUGUUUUCCAUCCAACAUUACAGAAGGUCCCAGCAGAGAAGCUCGCCGUCUGGAAACUGUUGUUCAUCUUUGACGGCCUGGAUGAAAGCAGACUUUCAUUGGAUUUCCACAACAGUGAGGUUGUGUCUGAUGUCACACAGAAGUCAUCGGUCAACCUGCUGCUGACAAACCUCAUCGAGGGGAAUCUGCUUCCCUCGGCUCUCGUCUGGAUAACUUCCCGACCUGCGGCGGCCAAUCAGAUCCCUCCUUCGUGUGUCGGCAGGGUAACAGAAGUACGAGGCUUCAGUGACGCCCAGAAGGAGGAGUACUUCAGGAGGAGAGUCAGUGAUGAAGAGCUGUCCAGCAGAAUCAUCUCACACAUCAAGACCUCCAGGAGCCUCCACAUCAUGUGUCUAAUCCCAGUCUUCUGCUGGAUCACUGCUACAGUUCUGGAGCACAUGUUGACUACAGAGCAGAGAGGAGAGCUGCCCAAGACCCUGACUGACCUGUACUCACACUUCCUGCUGGUUCAGAUAAAGAGGAAGAAGCACAAGUACGAUGAGGGACAUGAGACGAGUCCACAGGAGCUGACGGAGGCUGACAGGAAGGUUCUUCUGAAGCUGGGGAGGCUGGCGUUUGAACAGCUGGAGAAAGGAAACAUCAUGUUCUACCAAGAAGACCUGGAGCAGUGUGGUCUUGAUGUCACAGAGGCCUCGGUGUACUCAGGAGUUUGUACAGAGAUCUUCAAAAGAGAGAGUGUGAUCUUCCAGAAAACAGUCUACUGCUUUGUUCAUCUGAGCGUUCAGGAGUUUCUGGCUGCAGUCUACAUGUUCCACUGUUACACCAGCAGGAACUCAGAGGUACUGGAGGACUUCCUGGAAGAUAGCGAUGAUCGUGAUGACGACGAAGACAACUUCCUGAGGAGAGCCAUGGAGAAAUCCCUUGGAAGUAAAAAUGGCCACCUGGACCUGUUUGUUCGCUUCCUUCAUGGCCUCUCUCUGGAGUCCAACCAGAGACUCUUAGGAGGCCUGCUGGGUCGGACAGACAACAGUCCAGAAAUCAUCCAGAGAGCCAUCAACAACCUGAAGGAGAUGAACAGUGAUGAGAUCUCUCCUGACAGAAGCAUCAACAUCUUCCACUGUUUGACGGAGAUGAACGACCACUCAGUACAUCAGGAGAUCCAAGAGUUCCUGAAGUCACAGAACAGAUCAGAGAAGUACCUCUCUGAGAUCCACUGCUCAGCUCUGGCCUACAUGCUACAGAUGUCAGAGGAGGUUCUGGAUGAAUUGGACCUGGAGAAGUACAACACAUCAUGGGAGGGGCGAAGGAGACUGAUUCCAGCUGUGAGGAACUGCAGAAAGGCUCUGUAA